UUUCGCUUAGUAGUCUGAUGCAAACAUACAAGUGACAACGGACGGUGAAGUAAAUAAUACUAAUAAAAAAACGUUUAUUUUAUUAAUUUUGCAAUUGUUGUGAACACAAAGGGUAAUUGUAAUUUCAUUCCAUUAAACUCUUAACAAAAUUGUGGUGUGUGCUUGUUUGUAGUUGUAUUACGUUUACGAUUGUUACUGACAGCAGAAGUUAACAAAACGUUACUCAAGCCAAAGUGUAAUGUACAAAAAAACAACAAGUAAUAGCUCAAUUUAAUUAACAACAACAACAACGUUGAUAUUAAACACAAAAACAGCGUCAGCAGUUACGGCAAGAAACACAGCUAAAAAGAAAUUGAUAAAACAUUCUGCUGCUAACAACCGAACAAUAACAAGUUUAAAAGCAUGCUGAACAGUCAGCGUUAUAAAAUAAUAAUAAAUAGACUUCCGAUAAGCCGCCUAUGAAAGUGUAAAAAAUAUUCAAUAUGCCAUUGAAUGGAAUGUAGAAUGUAGUGGACAUUAAAGUGACAAUUUAAAGACAUGUCCUGGAAAAGGUGAAGAUACAAAAGACCUCACAUAACUACAGUUCAACAAAAGUGCAAUAAUUUUGAUAAGUUAUAAUAAUUAUUUCCACAUACCCAUUAAAAAGAAAAUGGAUUUCUUUCCGCGAUUAUUUUGGACCCUUUUUGGUACGGCAUCACUGUGUUAUUUUGUGAUUAAUGUGGCCUUGGGCUAUUGGAAACGUCGCGGCAUCCUCCAUGAGAAACCCAAAAAACCUUGGGGUCAUCUAAAAGGUGUGGGACGUAAACGCCACAUCAGCGAAGUACUGCAAACGAUCUACAAUAAAUACAAAGGUCAGGCACCUUUUGUGGGUUUCUAUGCCCUGCUGAAACCAAUGCUGUUGAUAUUAGAUCUCGAAUCUAUACAUUAUAUAUUGCUUAAAGAUUCCAAAUAUUUUAUGGAUCGUGGUCUCUACUAUAAUAUACAAGAUGAUUAUCUAUCACAAAAUCAAUUACAAAUGGAUGGUCCCGAUUGGCAACAUUUACACCUGAAAUUGAAAUCCCUGCAGUGGCAGGAGAAGAUACAAAACAUGUUACCAGCUUUACUGAAGGUUCAACAAACCUUUAGCAACUCUCUGCGGGAAAAGGUGACAAAAUCCCAAAACAAGCUUAACAUAAAUAUAACAGAAUUGGUUGAAGGAUACAACAUCGAUUGCAUUUCGUCUUUGGCAUUUGGUCUCGAGGGAGACUCCGUGCGUUAUCGCAACACACAAUUCCAUACAAUGUGUAAAUCAUAUAUCAAAUCCAAUUUUAAUGUCUUCAAGGCAUAUCUGGCCUUUUGUUUCCCCUCCCUGGCACGUCUGGUGCAAUACUAUAUGUACUCCCCGAAGGCUAGCCAGUAUUUUCAAAAACUCAUAUCGGAUAAGUUAAACGAACGAGAAUAUCAACACACCCAACCCCUGCAAUAUGAUUUUCUCCAGCUGUGGUGUGAUUCGCGUAAGAUAAGUCAACGCAAUCAAAUCUUUAAGAAAUUAGACAAUCAAGAAAUUGUUGGCCAGGCAUUUAGUUUUAUAUUGGCUGGCUUGGAAUCCAGUAGUUCAACAUUGGCAUGUUGUCUCUACGAAUUGGCCUUGCAGCCAGAGAUACAAGACAAGGCAAGAAGGGAAAUCCGGGAAGUGCUAAGCAAGCACAAGGAUAACCUAAACGAGACGGUACUUAAGGAGUUGGUGUAUUUGAAGCAGAUAUUAAAUGAAACGCUUCGCAAACACACACCCUAUCCAUUCCUGUUGCGUCUCACCACCAAAGACUAUGAGCUACCCGAUUCAGUAUUCAUGUUGCGCGAGGGUAAUCAUUUAAUAAUACCCACAUCAGCAAUCCAUCAUGAUGCCAUGUACUACUCGAAUCCGGAUAAAUUUGAUCCGGAACAUUUCCAUUCCAAGCAAAGUGAAAAAAGACCGGUCGGUGCAUUCCUGCCCUAUGGUAUGGGGCCAAGGGCGUGUGUAGCUCAACAUUUUGCCCAACAACAAAUGUUGGUAUGCCUUGUAACACUGCUGCAACAUUAUGAAUUUACACCAUGUGCGGAGACCACAAUACCUCUGACCUAUGACAAUUCCAAAUUGAUGAAGAAACCGAAAAAUGACAUUUGGCUAACAAUUACGAGUGUGCGAUAGCCAAUUAAUUCGUAAUGCUUUGUACAAACUAAUAUCAUAAGUUUUUGUACGUUCCCAAGACGAGUGAAUUGAAGAGUAAAAUAGCGAUGCAAUCUUACUGGGAAAAUUCACUCCACAGAAAUGAUCGAGUUUGCUCAUUGUCUGUCUACACGAUUCAUGGGAAGAAAUUGGACCAAGCGUUUUGUUUUGUUUUAUUUAUUUUGUUUUUGUUUUGAAGACACUUUGUGUUAUUUUUAUUCAUUCACGUUGCUGUGCUUUUAGUAGCUAUGAUUGUAGUAUUGUGUAAAACAUGUAUUGAUGUAAGUCACUUUUAUAAAAGCAUAUAAAUGAGGUAAAAAUGCCUUACAUUUUCGUGGUAUUUUGUUCGUUUCGUAUAAACGCCAAACGCAAAGUUUUAAACAAGUCCAGUCGAAAGCAAGAGUUAAAAAUAUACCAAAUAAUACUUCGUCAUGAAAGAUUUCAAUACUUCCCCCUUAACAAUAAAUUUUUAAAACUAUCCCACUUUGGGCAUUGUAAUUUCAUAUACCUUACGGCACGGUAUUGUAGCAUAUAAAUAAGUUAUUUAAUCUUAUAAUUACAUUCAGGCUUGUGUAGUUAAUAAGGAAAGAGAAAAAGAGAGUAUUGAAAAAAGGUUUAACCACAGAUUAUUAAUAAAUAUAAAAAAACAAGUUUUUGCAAAGUCUUAUUGGCCAUAGUUUACAAAGGUUUUCUGUUAUGUAUUUUUUUUUCUGCUUAAUUGCUUGUGAUAAAACAUUUGAAUUAAUUCAUAUACCUAAAUACGUAGGUAUUUGUUGUUUUAAUUUUUGCGCUUUACUUAUUGUUGUAUGUGUGUACGAGUUUUUUUUUAAUUAUAUUUGCUAAUAUUGCAUUGCUUUAUGUAUUUUUUUUUUGUUUUUGGGUCUACUUAUUAUAUGAUAAAACACCAUCACCUAUUCAAACCAAUGAAUAGAAGUAAAGAUAUAUAAUUUAAAGAAUUAAAAUAGUUUUGUAAGAGAGAAUGCAAUGGAAAUAUUUUUUUAUUGUAAAUAAACGAUUUAUUGUGUGAAAGACAAUA